AUGGUAGCGGAUGCGUGGAGGGCGGAACUCGAUUACGUUUACGAAGCGACCGAGACUCUGCGGGAGAAGUACGAAGCAUCGAUCGAACCCGCCGUGGCGCACCUCUCUGGUGUGGAGUUGGCCGCCGAGAGCCCGGCCACGAUCCCGUCGCCCGGUGCACCUCCACUCCAGUCGUCGGGCUUCGAAAGACCCGAUCUCCAGGAGAAAGAUCUCAUUGAGGAAAUCGGCCUUACUACCGAGACGAUGAGGUUGUCCUUUUUACGGAUGCGAGAGAUCAUUAAGAAGGAUGACGACGUGAUCGAGAGGGCUAAGGCCGCUCAGGAGCGCAACCAAGACGCCACCGUCGGUAGCAACCGGCGAAUGGCAAACUUCAUGCGGUCGGAGCGAGUAGGGGUGCUGGAAUUGCUGAAGCAGUUGGUGUUGGCGGUGCUCCUUUUCGCGAUGGCGAUGUACCUUAUUGUGUUCUUCUAG